GCGGUGUCACAUGACCGGCAGGAUCCCAUCCAGGAAGUGUGAGCACCGAGGAGUGGAAAUGGCAGUGUUGUGUAGUGCAUGUCUUUCUAUAGAGAAGGACUGGGCAGUAUGAUGUGAAUGGACUGUGCUGGGCUCUACACUGCAAGACAUGGUGAUUUUGCGAGAGGGGCUUUGUCCUGGAUUGACAUCUGAGAUAAUUGCCACACUUAAAAGAAAUCACGUGAAAACAGUGGUUGAUUUGGUGGCUUCAGACUUAGAGGAACUUGCUCGGAAAUGCUCCUUAUCAUAUAAGGCACUUGUGGCAGUUAGACGUGUUCUGCUUGCUCAGUACUCUGCAUUCCCUUCAAAUGGUGCGGACUUGUAUGAAGAGCUGAAGAUUUCCACAGCCAUUCUUCCCACGGGAAACAGCAAACUGGACCUCCUGUUGGAUUCAGGUUUAUACACUGGAGAAGUCACAGAGAUUGCAGGAAUAUCUGGAUGUGGCAAAACACAGAUAUGUCAAAGCAUCGCUGUAAAUGUGGCUAGCAGCAUAAAGCAGAGAGUUUGUUAUAUAGACACCACAGGAGGCCUGACUGGCUCUCGUCUCCUGCAGUUGAUACAAUCCAGGACAGAACAGGAGGAUGAACAGAUUGCAUCUCUUCAGAGGAUUGAUGUGUUCCAUGUGUUUGAUGUGUAUAAAUUAUUAGAUGUACUACAGGAUUUGCGGCACAGUUUAUCCCGACAGGUGGUAAGAUCAGGAGAAGCUCUGAAACUUAUAAUCAUUGAUUCAGUAUGUGCUGUUAUCUACCCACUGUUAGGAGGAAAGCAGACAGAAGGAAUGGCUGCCAUGAUGCACCUGGCACGGGAACUACAAACCCUUGCUCGUGAUUACAGCCUCGCUGUUUUAGCAACUAACCACAUUACUAAAGACAGUGCAAGUAGGAUUCGUCCAGCCCUGGGUCGUUCAUGGAGUUUUGUGCCCAGUACACGCAUUCUGCUUUAUAGACCAGAAAACGCCCAAAGUGGAUUUCGUACAGCGUCGCUUGUAAAGUCGCCUCGACAACCUUCAAACUUGCAAGUGGAAGUGGAGAUUGGCUGCUUUGGGACGCUAGAAGGAAGCAGCACAGGCACAGCUUCUGGAUUAUGAUAUGCCAGUCAGAAAAAUUUACUUUUUUUUAUAAUUGUGUUACUGAAAGCACUGAAAUACCUUUUUGAAUAUUGUUUGUAUUCCCAGCCUUCAAACUUGCAAGUGGAGAUUGGCUGCUUUGUUUGUGGGAAAAAGAAAUGUUACUUUAUGCCAAAAUUGUAUCAUUUCAUUUUUUUUUUUGUAUAUGAUUGCUGUGUGGCUAUCUGGAGAUUCUGAGUGGAAUUGGAUAGUCAGCCAAUUUCAUAAACAAGUGCAUUUAAAGGAGAGCAUUUGGGACAUAACAAGCUGGAUGAAUAACUUGCAUCACACUGCCUGCUUCAGCUCGUUUUUGUGUGGCCAGAGCAUGUUAUUGCCUAAUAUGGCCCAACUUGUAAAAAAGUUAGUUGGCUAGGGUAAACAUUUAACUGGCAUGCAAUUUACAGAGAACCAUCUACCAGAGGUUUAUCUAGCGUAUUUGAAACCUGGGGCAGAUCAUUUUGUAACACACCCUUCUCCUAUACAUCAAAAUAAUUUUCAGUAAUAACUGUGAAAUUAAGCUAAUAAGAAAAGAAAUAGCAACAGUAUUUAAUUUUUUAUUUUUUUUUGCAAGCAGAAUACAUAAUUAUUCCAGUGAAAGGUAAGACAGUCGAUGUUAAUGGCAUGACUAAAAAAACACUAAAGCGCUGACACUGAGCCCAUCCUAUAGCGAUAAAAUGUCAUAUGCCAGGUUAGAAAAGAAGUAUUGAAAGAUACCUAUUCUCGGAGGUAUAGGAAACAAAAUGUAAAUUGGUAGAAAAUGGCUGACACUGAAGAGCUGGCAAGGCUGCUUUCAUAUGUGGGUUGGAAAUCCACAAUCUGUAAAAUAGGAAAUAAAUGGAAGAAAGCACCAAACCGGCACUGCGGACUGUCAUCCUCUCUCCCCCUCACCCGCUUGUGAGUUUCAUUUGUUUUAUAUGGUAUUUUACUUAAUAAAUUAUGCUACACUAUGCCGGUUUGGCGCUUUCUUCCAAUGUUAAUGGCAUGACUGCUGAUCAUCAAUGAAAGGGGCAUUUUUUAGAAUUCCCCCUUAUAUUGAUGAUCAGUCGAAGAAAGAAAGAAUACCUCUUUCUUUUGGGGGUCUGUAGAAAAAAUCUCCUUACCAUUGGUGGUCAUAUUUUGGUCAAUUGGAGGAAAGUGCCACUUACACUGGUGGUCAGUUUGCAAAAAAAAAAAUUCCCUUUU